AUGGCGUUGUCAGUUUUUAUAGGAGCGGGAAGACAAGACUCGCCGGUCGCAGGGAAAAGGCGGAGGCGGCGGCCACCACGGCUCGGCCGGGGUUCCCAGUGCCACGUCCGCCGCACUCCCUCCCCGUCUCCCGCCUCCGCGAAGCCUGAUGCGACUCCAGCCGGACCCGCUGGCUGCCCCGCCCACCGCCACCACCCCACCGCCAGCCCCGCGAGCAACCUGAGGCCGGACUGCGCGCGCAGCGCCCGCACGGCUCGCAAGGAGGAGGAGCUCCGGACCCUGUUCGCCAGUGGCCUCCCUGGGGCCAUUCAACCCAAAGAUCUCUGCCUGCUCUUCAGGCCGUUCAAGGGGUAUGAAGGGUCCAUCAAGCUCACAUCGAGGCAGCCUGCUGGUUUUGCGAUCUUUGACAACCGGGCAGGAGCAGAAGCCGCCCAGAAGGCAUUGAACGGUAUUCGCUUUGAUCCUGAGAACCCGCAGAUCCUGAGGCUAGAGUGUGCCAAUGCCAACACCAAGACGGCCAAGAACAAGCUGACGGCUACGCCAAAUCCCACCAACGCUCACCCCUCCCUAGGAGCACACUCAGAGCUGAUGGGGGCCCCUCUGAGCCCCGCAUACCCAGAGUCCUGGGCCCCCUACCCUCUGUACACCACAGAGCUGACCCCAGCCACCUCACCUGCUGCGCUCACCCACCCCGCUGCCACUACCGCUGCCGCCGCUGCCCUACAUGCUCAGAGGAUGCAGGUCAGGUGGUGCUCUCCCAUUUUCAGGAUGAAGAAACUGAUGUCCAGAGGUGCGCAGGUACCCUUCCUCUGAUACUACCCAGCGAGGUUGGAAGUCUUGUCAGUUCUGUUAGUUCUUCAGUCUUGUCGCCACAGCUCGAGACCCCGCCCCACUGGGGAGGAAGCCGCCCUGAGCUUCCACUGCCCCAAGGCAGCCCGUGCAGAGCUGCUGCUUCCCUCCAAAGCCUGAGAAUUUUAAGCCUGACUCAGUGCACUGUUUCCUGUUUCCUUUCUCUCCUCUUCCUCAGCCCUGUCCUGCCCCAAAACCCCUCUUCAAGGUGCUCACGGCAGGAUUCAGGGGCUUUCUCUCUGGGACACCCAGACCCAGCUCAGAGGCCUCCCUGGGACUGAGCGAGGCCUGACCUCCAGUCCAAAUUUGCUUCCGUAGCUCCAUCUCAAAGAAACGACGCGUUUAAUUUUGCAUGUUUUCUGGCAUGGAUUAAGACACUUAAACUUCUGUGUAUGUGAGUGUACCGUUUGUUCUCACAUUGUGUCACCAUAGCAACAGGUCCUGACCACAAAUGGUUCAUCAU